AUGGAUGCCUACGUAGAUGAAAUAUAUGAGAGGUCUCAGGCCUACCACGAUGAACUCGACGCCAUGAUUGAGAAGUUCGAUGCAAUUGACGCAAAACUCACUUCGCACUUCACAGAAGCAAAGGGCAUUAAGGAGGCAAUUGGGCCAGAAAAAGCCAAAGUAGCGGAUGCAAUGAUGCGAAAAUCUGGUUCGGCGCCUCCAGCAGAAGCCAAAAACUGGGCAAAGGCCUUCGAUGAUCACCUCAAUCUCCUGGGUUUGCUAGAGAACCGGGCGAAAGAGACCUCAGAAUCGUAUAAAACACUCAUAGAGACGAUAGAAAAGGCCUUCGAGCGGGUUGGUAAGGCUCAUGGACCAAUUCCAACAUUCGAGAGCGAAAAACUGGGAAGGCUAAGCGAACAAGCGAGGAACGAACUAAAGAGUCAGUUUCAGGCUUGCCAACAAGCAUACUCUGAAGAGAAGGGGAAGGUUGGGCGGAAAAUGGACAAAUUGUUCGCAGAUUUUGAUAUAGCCAAAGGUGAAGUCCAAGGGUUGAAAGAUUGGCUGGGCAUAUAA